GAAGGACCCCGCAGUAUGGUAACCAUGCGCAUGCGCAUGCUAGACUUACGGUAACGAGACGUUUUGGUCUUUUCGCUGAUAACCGCGUAUUAUCUGUGGGUAGCAACGCGUUAGUCACAUAUUAAACAGACAUGUCAUGUUUUGGUGGUGACCCUAACUUUUGCCCAGAAUGUGGGAAUGUUCUUCCUCUCCCAGGAGUAGGCCUACAGGACACAGUCCGCUGCCCCCGCUGCUCCUUCUGCAUCCCUGUAGCAGAGUUCUCGGGCCAGGAGAUCUGCUCGACGGUCAUCUUCAACCCUGUGGAGCAGUCGUCGGUGGCUCUGGAGGACGAGGACAACUCUGAGCUGAAGGGUGCUGUGAUUGACCGGCGCUGCUCUCGAUGCAAUAAAGAGGGGAUGGUUUACCACACCAGGCAGAUGAGAUCAGCAGAUGAAGGACAGACUGUCUUCUUCACCUGUAUACACUGCAGGUAUCAAGAGAAGGAGGACUCCUGAGAACAAGUCCAGCUCACCUUCUCCAUUCCUCUCCAUGCUUGUGCUCUCAUGUUGCUGUCAGAUAGUUGGAUGCUUUCCCAACACAUGGAUUGUAAAUAUAACAGUGGUGGUUUAUCUUACUGUUCUGGAAUUAUUAGCAUUCACACUUUGAAUAAAGUUUGAUAAAUUAAUCUUAA